GCUUUGUUGAUCAAUAAGUCUGCGGCUGAGCUGAAGCGAGAUGACAGGGUUUUAAACUAGGGUCCCUUGCUCAUUUGGGAUACUCACAGAAGUCAUACAAUUGCAUCGCUUCCUCCUCAUUCAUGAGGAGACGGUAGAACUCGAGCACAAUGGCACGACUCAAAAUCUGCGGGUGUUGUUACUUAUUGACAUUCGUGCCCAAGGUCCUCGCAGAGAGUGGUGAUGAUUUCUCGAAUAAUCUCGUCUCGGACCUCGCUCCCUUAUUGACUCUUUUCGGAGAACGAGUCACCAUGCAGUUUAUGAGUCAAUCAACUGGGUGGGCUGAUAAUAUUGCGCUCGCAAUGGCCCCUUUGGGAGUCAUCACGAUUAUAGUUGGCGCCAUUCGAGUAGGUGGUCCCAGUUGGCUCAGGGCUCUAAUUGGACGCGCGAGAGAAAACACGGCGGUGGCAGAGGCGGAAUUAAUGUCUUCGACUUCCAAUGAGGUCUGUGAAUUAUGGAAUGGUCAAGAAGUGGUCAGAGUCAUUGGAACCGCACCAAUCCAGGAGUUUAUCUGUUUGACGCCGCCAGGAAGAAGUAUGAAGGGUCUCAAGCCGACGUUCUGCUCAUUAGAUAAGGCGAUGGAAAAAGGCUAUAUGAAAAGACACGAGACUAGCACUUUCCAACGGCUGUGGUCACUCAUCUCGCACAUUUGCUAUCCAGUCAUUCAACCCUAUGAGGACGAGGAGGCCGGAGCAAAUACUGACAGCAAGAACCAGCCGGAAUUGAAUGAUCUCGUUGUCAUCCAUAAUUCUAAAAUCCAGGCUCCGAAUUUGUCUUUCAAUAUUCACAAUUUCAACAAGCGAAGUGAGAUCCAGGCUGUUGCGGCAAUUGGAACCUUGCUGCAGGCCGCUGUGAUUCUCUAUGCGGCUUUUGCCACAUAUUAUCCCACCCUCAGGUUUGCCAAAGAAGGCUCCACCGUUGGGAGUUAUGCUUUUCCGUGCAUGGCAACUGGAUCAGUCGUUCUCGUACUGGGAAUGCUAAUCGCAGCUCACGUUGUUGAGAGCAGUACAGAAGAGGAACGAUACCGACCGAAGGACGGAAUGUUAGCUUGGGUGUUUUGGCUGCAAAAAGCUGAAACAGUAAGCGACCAGUCUUUUGAAUCAUUCUUGAUUUCCACCGAAACACCAAAAGACUUGAUCAUGACCUCUCAGCGUGCCGACCCGCGCAAAUCAGGUAAAUUUGGGCUAGGUGUAGUAGAAUAUUGGUUGGAACUCUUGACCAUCAUUGCCACCGCCAUAAGUGUUUCUGGUUACGUCAUUCAAUUCGUGGGCUUGAGAGGGUUGCACUGGUCGAUUACAAUCGUACAGCUUGGUGCCACAGUGCUGAUGACUGUUUUGAGAGCCUGGGUUCGCCGAGGUUUAUCUCAACCACCCCAGGUGCAGAAGAUUCCUUCAGAUUUUGAAUUGGACUGGUUUGCAACGCAGCUGGCUUUGCGUGACACGAUUUACCUUCAUGGUUGGCAAGACGAAAAGAGAGAGAGCAUCGAAAUUCGCGAGCAGCGGAAAGAGAAGAGGGCGGCAUCAUCAACUGGCGUAUCCCGUGAACCCUGGGAAACGAACACGAGAAAAGACGUGCGAAGGGCAUUCUCGAGCACAGCUCUAUCCCAAUCUUUCACGGCGCAGAAGAUAUUGCAGUUCAGAAGUCAACUUGGCCACGCCUCGAAAUGGCCGGGCAUCGCCUACAAAGAGGCUAUGGCAGCUGCCAAUGCUAUCGAGAUUCGCGUGGACUUUGGAAACUCCCAGAGGGCCAGUCCGCCUGAUAGUGAAGUACGACAGGCAAAAGGGCCGGUGGCAAGCGGACGCUGCCAAGAUUGA